UCUUCUUCCAUUGCCCCUCCUCUCUGUCAGUUUCGCCCCGCUCCCCUUCGCUCUCGCUCCGCCGCGGGCAACCACCAAUGGCGCCUCGCCGCCGCCGCCGUGCCGCUCGCUCAUCCCGUCCCCUCCUCCUCGCUCUCCUCGCCGCGGCCGUCAACAACUUCGCGCCCGCCGGCGGAGUGGAAGUCCUCGCCAAGUCCCGCCUGGAGAGCUGCGCCCGCGGCGGCUCGGACGACGGCCGCGACCGCCUCACCUGCGACAGCAAGAUCGUCGUCGACCUGGCCGUGCCCAGUGGCUCGCGGCGGGGAGGCGUCGCUGGUGGCGCGGGUGGCGGAGGUGGAGGAGAACGGCACGGAGGCGGGGGAGAUGCCCAUCCGGGAUCCCCUCAUCAUCACCAUCAACAAAUCCGAGGUGUAUGCGCUCUACGAUCUCACUUACCUCAGGGAUGUUGCUUACAAACCUGAAGAAAAAUUUGUGAAGACACGUAAAUGUGAGCCUGAAGCUGGUGCGAACGUUGUCAAAUCUUGUGAAAGGUUACGGGAUGAGAAAGGUAGCAUAAUUGAGCAUACAGAACCUGUUUGCUGCCCUUGUGGGCCUCACCGCCGUGUCCCUUCAUCUUGUGGAAACAUUCUUGAUAAAGUGGCGAAAGGAAAAGCUAACACAGCUCACUGUCUACGUUUUCCAGAUGAUUGGUUUCAUGUUUUUGAUAUUGGGAGAAGAUCCCUUUGGUUCAGUAUCAGAGUGCAAGUAAAGAAAGGAUCUUCUGAAUCUGAGGUUAUUGUUGGUCCAGAAAAUAGAACAGUUGUUUCUGAAGACAGCUCCCUGAGAGUAAAUUUAGUUGGCGACUUUGCUGGUUAUACAAGUCUUCCAUCUUUGGAGAACUUCUACCUUGUGACUCCACGAAAGGGUGUUGGCGGUGGUCAACUAGAAGUGCUUGGUGAUGACUUUUCCAGGUGGAUGCUGUUGGAGAGAGUCCUGUUUACAUUAGAUGGUCUUGAAUGUAAUAAGAUUGGAGUUGGCUAUGAAGCUUUCAGGAGCCAGCCUAACUUUUGUUCAUCGCCACUUGACAGCUGCUUGGGCGAUCAGCUUUCCAAAUUUUGGGAGAUUGACAAAAACAGGGUAAACAAUAGCCAACCACCCCAAUACGUUGUUCUGGGAAAGUUUGAAAGGAUCAACCAAUAUCCGAAUGCAGGAGUUCAUACCUUUUCUGUGGGAAUCCCAGAAGUUCUCAAUACCAAUUUGAUGAUAGAGCUGAGUGCUGAUGACAUAGAAUAUGUCUAUCAGAGAAGCUCAGGGAAGAUAAUUAGCAUUAACAUCUCUUCGUUUGAAGCCUUAAGUCAAGUUGGCAGUGCUAGAGUCAAAACCAAGAAUAUUGGAAGACUUGAAGCUUCAUAUAGCUUGACGUUUGACUGCUUAAGCGGCAUCAAUCCCGUUGAGGAGCAGUACUUUAUCAUGAAGCCUGAUGAAAAGCUUAUUCGGACAUUUGAUUUGCGUUCGUCAACAGACCAAGCAUCGAACUAUACAUGUCAAGCUAUUUUGAAGGCGUCAGAUUUCAGUGAACUUGACAGAAAAGAAUCCCAAUUCUCAACCACAGCUACAGUUCUUAACAAUGGAACACAGAUUGGUUCGUCCGAAAACCACACAAAGGGUGGCAUCUGGGGUUUCUUUGAAGCCAUCAAAGCCUGGUGCGCCAAAAUGUGGCACAUGCUGAUUAAUUUCUUCACUGGUACAACAUGCAGCACGAGAUGCUGGAGCUUCCUCAAGUUCGUCAUCCACGGCCUGCUACUUGUCGCAGUCCUGUGGCUUCUGCACCGGAAAGGGCUCUUCGAUCCACUGUACUAUUGGUGGGACGGCGUGGUCGGGUCGGAGGCGCAGGAGCGCGCGCGCCGGAGGCACAAGAGAGCUCACAGCCACAGGCACUCCCACCACCACGACGCGCACAAGAGGCACAAGACCGAGCUUGCCGGCCACCGCCGCCACCACGUCCUCCACAUACAUGACGACGACGACCCGGUGGCGGCGGCGGCGGCGGCGGAGCACGUCAUCCUCCGCCGGCACGGCAGGCACGAGGCGGCGCUCGGCGUGCAGCACAGGGACGGGCUCAAGCUCAACAAGCACCGGCGCCACGGUGGCAAGGCGGUUGCGCUACUGCCGCCGGGGGAGAUCAUCGUCCGGGACGGUGGCGGCUGCGGCGGCGUGGAGCACGGUGAUCGGAGGCACCACGCGUGGCACUGACGCCGACGCCGGUCGCCGGCGCGGUUUAAAAUGGCGUUGACAUACUGACAAGUGCACAUUAUGAUCGAUGUUGUAAAUGUUGCUGCUGACGCACGGAACCAUUGUAUUGUGUGAAUGCUGAUGUUUCAUCUGAUGCUUCCUCCCGGUGUGGCGGUGUAGUCUUGGAAGUUAACCCGAGUGUGGUUUCUGGAAUCUGGUGGGUACGUUAGAAUUGGAGUGUGAGAGUCAAGCUUUUGUUGGUUGUUGCGACAGUGCGACACUGACGUUUCCUCCUCUCGCCGUAGAUUGCUGUCUGUUUGCGUGUGAUUUACUGGACUUGUGGGGCAGGUUAGAGGCAGAGCACCGUGAGGUGUUCAUUUCUGACGAAGUACUAGGAGGAGAGUAGGUACAGGGGCACAGUCAAGGAAAAGCAGAACAUAGGCCUUGCUUUUCAAUAGUAAAGGGUUAUGACUAAAUGGCUUCUUCAUUUUUAAAUAGUGUUGUUAACCUUCAAAUUGUUUGAUCAUUCAUCUUGCUAAAAUAACAUGUAAUUAUUAUUGAUGUUGAUGUGACUUGUUUUUAUCGUUA